AUGUCUACAAGCACCCUUGGCAACGCUGUCUACUUCCCACUGUUUCUACGAUGGCUCUACGAUACCCUUGUCCUCAAUUUUUACUGUCCAUUAGCCUGGGGAUGUCCUAGAAACGUCCUCUCAGGUCACUAUAGCAAGCACGUUUCCUGCCUUGUCAAACCUAAGGCAAGACUACUGGAUAUCGGUGUCGGCACUGGCUAUUUUAUGCAGAGUGCGCCUCUGCCUCCUGGUUCGGCAAUCGUUCUGGCCGACAUCAAUCAGAGCCCCCUAGCCGAGGCUCAACACCGCAUCCAACUGGCACAUCCCAAUGUCAUCGUUGACAUAGCUCAAGCUGACGUCUUCGUGCUCGGCGAUACCUCGCAACUACCUUCAGCUCUGCAUACGAGUAGCAACGGACAGUUCGACGUCAUUUCUUGUAUGCUGUUAUUGCACUGUCUCCCUGGAAGUCCCAGGCGAAAAGGAGAGGCUAUGGCAGGGUUAGGUCACCUUCUGAAACCAGAUGGUGUUCUGGUUGGUGCAACAGUAUUAGGCGGUGGAGUGAAACACAAUGCUUUUGGAAGGUUCCUUAUGUUCUGGCACAAUCUUUUGGGCGUUUUCCACAAUAACAACGAUUAUGCAGCUGACAUAGUUGAGCCACUCAAGGCCGAUUUCAAGAACGUAGACUGGCAGAUGGUUGGGACAACACUUCUCUUUGAGGCAAAGGCGCCUAGGGCUCGAGCUAUAUAG